AUGGCGAGUGAGUUUCUACGUUCGUCUCCAGCAAGAGAUGAAAACGAAGCAAGACUUUUAAAACCCCCAACGCUCAGCACAACUCAAACACCAGCAUCAAAGAAAACAACCGGAGCAUCUUCUUCCUUCUUUGCUAGAUCAAUAAACUCUUCAGUCAAGAAACAACAACAACAACUAGAUCAGCAUAUGGAACAAAAUGAUAUGCAUUUCCUUCCAUCGUUUCCUCCCUCAGCAUCGAAGUUCCAAAAUCUACCCAGUCUAAGUGGUUGGACACCUUUGAUUUCAAAAACAUAUUCCGCAGAACAAAUCUUAUCAAUAAAUUCAACUCCUAAUAAACUCUUUACACACCCAUCCCAUUCUUUGAACCCAACACUGCAGAAUGUACAGCGACAAAGUAGUACAGGCACAGGAUACGGAAUGUCGGAGCAAGAUAACAACUCUGGUAUUAUUGGCCAAAACAACAACAACAACAACAACAACAACAACAACAACAGUAACAAUAGCAAUAACAACAACAGCGGCUACUACCUCCCAGGUAAUGAAUUAGAGUUUCAAGGCUUUGGAUUCACGCCACUAAUAAAUCACAACUUUAAUUUUUUGGCAAACACUUCAGGAAGCCAAUUGUUUGGAAUCACUCCAUUCCAAGAACGAAUGUUACAACAGAACUGCGAGAUAUAUAUAGACUCUCCUAUACGUAACGGAAAUGGUAAUGGUUAUGGUGGUAGUGGUGGAUUGGGAACAGGAACAAUAGGAACAGCAGGAACAACAGGGGCAACGACGAAUGUCAUUGAAAACUUUUCCAUCACUCCAUCAAAGUUUAGCCUCAAUGCAGUGGCCAGUAACAAGAAAAUACUACAAGAUCCUUUAAAAAGCGCAACAAAGAGAAGCAUUGCAUUAUUAGACACUCCUCCAAGACAACCACAUAAACUCAGUAUUAUUACAAAAGCAUACAAUGACGAUAGUGAAGGCAAAGAGGUUGAUUCUCCGUCACAGCAGCCUUGCAAGCCAGUGAGAUCCCAACCAUCACAACUUGAUGGUGACGAAACCGAUGGAACUGAUGACGAUUUUGAUAAUGAUAAAGCUAAUGAAAAUGUGAAUGUGAAUGAGAACAAUGAUUUUAACAAGUCCGAUCUCAAAAAGGACAAUGAAAUGAAGGAAAAUCUAAGCAGAAAUUUAAACACAAACAGAGACGCAAAUGCAUUUAUGCAAACACCAAAUCCGAAACAAAGACUGAAGCCACUUAACAACAUCUCAAACAAAUUGAAAGCAGAAUUAUCAACUCCUGCUGACAAAAAGAUAACUCCAAGCUCGCCAUCUACAAUCAUUAUUGCGUCCACCAAAAAGUCAUCACCCAACAAACCAAAUUUAGAUACCAACAAUAAUCACGGCCACGACCUGGAAAAUGAAGAUGACAAAGAGAAUCUACAACCACCAAGCCCCACACCAGCUAAAGUUUCAUCAAAUCCACCUAUGAUGGGAAUUUUUACAGAACGAAAAUCCACCAAUAUGAAUCUUAGUUCAAAACCCAAGCCAAAGCCAAAACCAAAGAAACCUUCACGGCCAGCUACAGAAGGUUCAUUGACGUCAACAGCAACAACAUCAUCAGUAAAAAAAUCAACUGCAUCAACAACAUCAUCAGCAUCAUCAACAACAACAACUGCAACGAAAACAAAAUCAACAACGGCGUCAUCCACAUCAUCUUUGAAAUCAAUAUCCACUUCAAGUAAUGGAACUUCUGCCAAUAAACAAGGAGGCUCCGGGAAAUCACAAGCAGAGAAUCGAGCGAAAAUGCAAGCAGGUAUGACGAAGUUCCAAAUAGUCUUGUCAGACACACAUAACAAAUCACUGGCAAAGAACAAGAAGCGUUUGGAAAGAAAUCGAAAAGAGUUCAAGAAGAAUGUGAAUACAAACAAAGUCACUAAUUCUACCGCUCACGAAGCAACAACCAUGGCAAAAAACAGCAACAACAACAGCAACAAUGUAUUUCCUCAUCCAUUUCAGGUACACCCCACACCACCAUCAUCAUCGUCAACAGCAACAACAACAACAGCAACAACAACAACAAUACAACUUCCACCUGUAGCACCGCCUCAAGCAUCUUCAACCUUCGACAAUAACCUUACUAUGAACACCUCGCGAGAACACAGUAGUAUAUUAUCCCAUGGCGGAAGUAUUAACACCUCAAGCCAUUUCAAUCUCACAACAGACCACUCAUCAUUUGAAUUAGGUGGACUCUCUUCAACACCAAAUUCCAAAGUAUUGUUGGAUCGCAUUUUCGAAAAGCAGUCACCGCAGCAGACGAUGCAGAUGCAGAAACAAGGGUCAAAUGUCCCAUUUGGUUCAUCGACGACACAUGGGCUGCACCUGCAACUGCAGCAAAUCAUUGUUGACCACACGAGCAUUUUUCAAAUGCAAUUCCCACACCAAGCACCAAUGGGUUCCACCAAUAUGCCACCACCAAUGUCUCUGCUGAACAAAAUUAUCUCGCCUCUGGCGCCACACUCGUCACAUGCAGCACAUGCAGCGCAUACAGCACAUGCACCACAACAUCCGAUGAUGGCGAUAAUGUCUACUCCACAACAUUCUCAAGCCUACAAUAUCAACAAUACAAGUGAUGCAUUCACAGCUCAGCUUCCAUCACCUUGGAACUUUGCAUUUGGAACGCCACAAACACUUUCUAGAAUCAACAAUAAUAUCAAUAGCAGUCAUAACACUACUAGCACUAACAAUACUAAGAGUACUAGUAAAAACAGUUUUCAAUUCACAUCAACGGCGUCUGAAUCAUUGCCUUCAACAUCUAAUGAAUCCGCAGCCAAUAUUGCCGAAAGCUUGGAAUCGCAAGAUCAGAGUCGCAAAACAACAUAA